AUGUUCAUCUUCAUCAAACAUGGAGAUAAUCAGCAGUUUCUGGUCAAUACCAAUUGCUCCAUUCUCCUGUUGUUGCAUUACAUUCGCCGUAAAAUGCGGUUGUUUAAAACAGACACCAUCGAUUUGUGUGAUGAAACAGGGACCAUGAAGUUGCUUUUCCUGGUGAAGACCCCUGGAGACUAUGCCAGCAAAUUCCUUACACCCAGAAACACCUACUACGUUUGUAAGGUGGAGCGUGGAGGACCAGGAAUCCGAUUUCGGAAUGCCUACAGAGCUUUUGUGCCCCUCCUGAAGAAUCCAGAGCCUGAGCUAAUUGAUUCACUGCGUACACAAUGUGACUUCCUAGAGAAGAGCCGAGUGAAGAUGCUUAAAAUCCAAGAAGCAAAGAAGGUCACUGUAAUUGAAUCCACGGUGAACCUCCCAUCUAAAGGAAGAAGAGCAGAGGAAGAAGGUACCACUCGUAAGGGUCCAUUAAAGACCAGACCAGCCUUAGUCACCAAGAAGGAUAAACGUCGUCGUCACCAUCAUCGUAACUAA